AUGCAAGAUCAAAGGAACAAGCCUAAUGACCUAUCUGAAAUAGAUUUAUUGAGACGACGAAUCAUUGAUCUUGAGACCGAAAAUGCUGAAAUUUCCGAACUUAGAAAUAAAUUGCUAAAGUUUGCCGAAGUUGAAGCUGAAAACGAGAGGUUGAGACAGAUUAUUGAAGAGAAUUCUAGACGUGAUGCAGAGUUUAAGAGCCGAAUUGAGGAGUUGGAAAAAAGUAGAACAGAUACUGCUUCCGAGAAUGCUGAGCUUAAAACCGAAGUAGCAAAAUUAAGACAUGAUUUCGAGGAAAUAAAAUCAAAGGGAAUAAUCAUCGACUCUCCAGACCAAUUGCCAAUUUCCUCAUUAGCCGAGAAAAAGAUAGUAAGUGUUUCUACCGAAAUGAAAAAUUCUAACGAUAUCCCCGAACAGAUAGAAUUACAAACUGAGAAUGCUUCGGCAUCUAAUAUAUCUGAUAUUACUUCAAAUUCUAGCCACUUUGUGACUGCCUCCGGCAAAGAUACUCAUGAACAGAUAGUCCCACGUAUUGAGGAAUCUAUCAUAUCUAGCCACGAAGUGUCUACCUCCGGCAAUUCCGAUAUACAACAGGAAUUAGAGACCUCCACAUCUCUUAUCCCCGCGACCAUAUUAUUGGAAGAGAAAGAAGAAAAUGAAAUUCUGGAUUCAAUGUAUAAGGAACGGGUUAGCAAAGAGAUAAUGGAAAGAAUUAGGGAGAAAAAACUUCGAGAUCAAGACUUAUCUUUAGUUAAUCAAACGGAAUCUAAAAAGAUGACACCCCCAUCAUUAUGUGCUACAAAAACCGUGACAAAAUGUCACGAUCAAAACACCCUUGAUAAUUCUGAUACCGUCUCCAUUGGCAUCGCCAGCACGGCUGAAUUAUCCGAAUCUGAUAAUCAAAUCGUAGAAGGUUUAAUACAAGAGAUGACUUGUAAUCAAGUACAAGGUAUUGUUUCCGAAAUCAACUCCACAUAUUCGAAUAACAGUAAGUCUUGUAUACAGGAUAUGGUUCCGGGCUCUGAACAAAGUUUAUCAGACUUAUUUGAUAAAGCAAUCAAAUCAGGUCAGAAACAAAUUUUAUGUUGGUAUUAUUAUUCUCUAGAAUUCGAAAAUAAGACAGAGGUAGAUAUAGUAAAUGAAAAUAACGAAUUUUCAGAAGCCGUAACUAUAAUUGAUAGCUUUUCAGAUUCUAACUCGGAAUCCUCUGAUGGCAAUGGGAAAGAAUCUUCUGAUGACGAUGACUCCGAUGAUGAUGAAACAAAUUCGAAAGAUUCAACUAAGAAUAAAACUGGGCUUGAUCCCUGGAUAAACUCUGAAACUUCCGAAUCUAAACAAAUCGAAAAUGCUGAUAAUCAUCUUUCGCAAGACUGUAUUAUUAAGAUUUCUAAAUUUCCAGAAGAGAAAGAUGUAAUUAUUGAAGCAGUGGAAAAACGAUUUCUUUUAAAAUAUAUUAAAUCGAAUGCAUGGCAUCGAGAUGUAUUUAAAUAUACCGAUUCAGAAGCUAAAUGUCCGAUAUGCAAAGAUGUACAUACUCGUUUAGGUAUAUGGGACGACUGGAGCUGUCUAGGUAAAGACGAUCACUAUUUUCUUAAUUGUCCUUUUCGUAUCGAUCAAAAGAAAGUUAUAAUCGCUAUACAGAGCUUACCAGAAAACUUAUAA